UGCGGCUCAGGACGCGUGUGACGUCAUGUCCGCUGGGCGGGGCCUCGCGAUCCCGCGCAAAUUGAAAGGUCCCCGGCUGCGCUUGCAGCAGCGCGGCUCGCUGUCCCCCGGUUUGAGGAACCGCAGCGCCUGGAAUGGGCUUGCGGGCCAUGCCUGUUCAUUCCCGGGAGACAGGACUACGGUGAAGCCGCGGCUGCUGUUACCUCGGGUACCAUCGGCGAUCUCCUGGGGUUGGUGUGCCUGCCAUAUGGCGCUCAGUCACUCCUGUGCUAAAGAGGAAAUAUUUACUCGAGAUUUACUUAGUCUAGAAGAAACUUAACCAAGUUUCAUGAAAUUUAACUUGGCACUAUGGGGAUUCAGGGACUGCUUCAGUUCAUCAAGGAGGCUUCGGAGCCCAUCAAUGUGAAGAAGUACAAAGGACAGGCAGUAGCUGUGGAUACCUACUGUUGGCUUCACAAAGGAGCUAUUGCCUGUGCUGAAAAGCUUGCCAAAGGGGAACCAACAGAUAGGUAUGUAGGAUAUUGUAUGAAGUUUGUUAAUAUGCUGCUGUCUCAUGGGGUCAAGCCUAUUCUUGUCUUUGAUGGAUGUACCUUACCUUCGAAAAAGGAAGUGGAAAGAUCUCGAAGAGAGAGACGACAAAGCAACCUUCUUAAAGGGAAGCAGCUCCUUCGAGAGGGCAAAGUGUCAGAAGCCCGAGACUGCUUCACUCGCUCUGUCAACAUCACACACGCCAUGGCCCACAAAGUAAUAAAAGCUGCUCGGGCCCUGGGAGUGGACUGCCUGGUGGCUCCCUAUGAAGCUGAUGCGCAGUUGGCCUACCUUAACAAAGCUGGAAUUGUGCAAGCUGUCAUCACGGAGGACUCUGACCUCCUGGCAUUCGGCUGUAAGAAGGUGAUUUUAAAAAUGGACCAGUUUGGAAAUGGGCUGGAAGUGGAUCAGGCACGGCUGGGCAUGUGCAAGCAGCUUGGGGACGUGUUCACGGAGGAGAAGUUCCGGUACAUGUGUAUCCUGUCAGGCUGUGACUACCUCUCCUCCCUGCGUGGGAUUGGCUUAGCAAAGGCCUGCAAAGUACUGAGGCUGGCCAAUAACCCGGAUAUCGUUAAGGUUAUCAAGAAAAUCGGGCAUUAUCUCAAGAUGAAUAUAACGGUGCCAGAGGAUUACAUCACAGGAUUUAUCCGAGCCAACAAUACUUUCCUCUACCAGCUAGUGUUCGACCCCAUCCAAAGGAAGCUGGUCCCUCUGAAUGCCUAUGGAGAUGACGUUAACCCCGAAACCCUGAGUUACGCUGGGCAGUAUGUUGAGGACUCCGUAGCUCUGCAAAUAGCACUUGGAAACAGAGAUAUAAAUACCUUCGAGCAGAUUGACGACUACAGUCCAGACACUAUGCCUGUCCACUCAAGAAGUCACAGCUGGAAUGAUAAAGCAUGUCAGAAGUCACCUGUUGCCAACAGCAUUUGGCACAGGAAUUAUUGUCCUCGACUUGAGGUGAAUGGUGUUUCCCACGCUCCUGGGUUGACGGAAAAGUCAAGUACCGUGGGCCUUAAACAAGUGAUUAGUACUAAAGGGUUAAAUCUUCCCAGGAAGUCUUCUGUGGUGAAGAGACCAAGAAAUGAAUCUCUGUCCGAAGAUGACCUAUUGAGUCAGUAUUCAUUUACAAAGAAGACCAAGAAAACCAGCAGUGGAGACAGCGUACCUUCUGACCCUUCUGAAGUGUCUGCACCCCACCUGGAUGGCGGGACUGCCCACAUGACAGACGCACACACUCCAUCUAGGACAAGGAACAAGUUCGCAGUGUUGUUACAGAGGAAGAACGAAGAAAAUGGCGCAGUUGUGGUUCCAGGGACCAGAAGCAGAUUUUUUUGCAGUUCUCCAAAUUUUGAUGACUACGUACCAAAAAAAGCAAGCAUUCAACCUCUAAAUGAAACUGCUGUUGGAGGCAAAGCCACUACCAGCCUCAGAGCACCAGACUGUCAAGGCCCAGAGGGCCUCGGAGCAUCAGACUGUCAAGGCACAGAGGGCCUCAGGGCACCAGACUGUCAAGGCACAGAAGGCCUCAGAACACCAGACUGUCCAGGCACAGAAGGCCUUGGAGCACCAGACUGUCAAGGCACAGAGGGCCUCGGAGCAUCCGACUGUCAAGGCACAGAGGGCCUCGGAGCAUUAGACUGUCAAGGCACAGAGGGCCUCGGAGCAUCAGACUGUCAAGGCACAGAUAGCCUCAGAAUAUCCAACUGUCCAGGCACAGAGGGCCAGAAGCUGGUUGACGUAAGUAGGACACAGGAUCCAAGUGCUCAGGUCUCAGGCAAUGAGACUGUGUCUCCUGAUGAUGAGGCUCAGUCUUCCGAGACCAGCAAAUUCGUGGGGACUGUUUCCCCGCCCACUCUGGGGACACUAAGAAGUUGUUUCAGUUGGUCAGGAACGCUUGGACAUUUUUCAAGAACUCCAAGUCCCUCUCCAAGCACUGUGUUACAGCAGUUCCGAAGAAAGAGCGAGACCUGUCUGCCCGAGACCUGUGCAGUGACUGACACAUGUCAUUCAAAGAGUGAAAUGUCAAGUGCUAAGUCUCAGCCCUUGCCUGAGGUGGGCUGGUCCUCACAAUCUCAGGAAAGCAUAGACUCACUAUGGAGUUUAAAUGCAUCGAACUUUUCCCAGCCUUCCAGUAAGGAUUCAGAUUCAGAGGAAUCGGAUUGUAACGACAAGUCACUUGAUAAUCAAGGAAGUCAGAACUCCAAGCAACAAUUACCUCCCUUUUCAAAGAAAGACACACUUGUAAGGAAUAAGAUCCCUGGGCUGUGUAGGUCUAGUUCUAUGGACUCUCUUUCUACAACCAAGAUCAAGCCCCUGGUGCCUGCCAGAGUCAGCGGCCUGAGCAAGAAGCCAGGAAGCAUCCUGAAGAGAAAACACCACGAUGCUGAGAACAAGCCAGGGCUGCAGAUAAAGAUCAGCGAACUCUGGAAAAACUUCGGUUUUAAAAAGGAUUCUGAAAAGCUUCCUUCUUGUAAGAAGCCCCUGUCUCCAGUCAAAGAUAACAUCCAACUCACCCCAGAGACAGAAGAUGAGCUCUUUAACAAGCCUGAGUGUGCGCACGUUCAGAGAGCAAUAUUCCACUGAGUGAGGAAUUCCGCUGCCUACAGGAAAACCUUACCGAUUCGAGAGAGUUAGUGCUAUCAAUGCCAUUUUUAAAAUGAAAUGCAUUUUGUAUAUUAACUUUGUGACUUUCUUUUGCUCGGCUUUUUAUAUUUUCAUAGAAAGCUAAAUAGAAGAAUAAGUCUGUCUUUGACAUUUCUGGGAUUUCAGUGCUAAUGGGGGAAAUCCGACACUGAUAACAAUCUAAAGGACUCUAACGUCAGUAGAGAAUGGAAAAUGGAGAUAAAUAAAUGGAAAGCCACAGAUCUCUGUAGUCAUUUAUA